CCAGCCCCAAACCAGCCCCAAGCCCAGCCCAGCUCCCUUUGGCAACUUUGGCCGUGCCUGCUCCUCCCGGGUGACAUUCCAGCGGAGCGGCCGCUCGGGAGACACAGCCCCCAAACUUUCCCGGCAAUUUCUGCCGCUGGAAGGGCUGGGAAGGUCGGAGGAGGAGGCGGCUCCGCAGCCCCCCCGGUUGUGCCCGGUGUUCCCCCGCCCCGGUCCAGCCCCGGUCCGCACCGGAGCCCCCUCGGCCGCCCCCCGACCAUGGCAGCGCUGCCCGGGACGGUGCCGCGGAUGAUGCGCCCGGCGCCGGGGCAGAACUACCCCCGCACCGGCUUCCCGCUGGAAGUGUCCACCCCGCUGGGCCAGGGCAGGGUGAACCAGCUCGGAGGGGUUUUCAUCAACGGGCGCCCGCUGCCCAACCACAUCCGCCACAAGAUCGUGGAGAUGGCGCACCACGGCAUCCGGCCCUGCGUGAUCUCCCGGCAGCUCCGCGUCUCCCACGGCUGCGUCUCCAAAAUCCUCUGCCGCUACCAAGAGACCGGAUCCAUCCGGCCCGGGGCCAUCGGCGGCAGCAAGCCCAGGCAGGUCGCGACUCCCGACGUGGAGAAGAAAAUCGAGGAAUACAAGCGGGAGAACCCCGGGAUGUUCAGCUGGGAGAUCCGCGACCGGCUGCUCAAGGACGGCCACUGCGACCGCAGCACGGUGCCCUCAGGUUUAGUGAGUUCGAUUAGCCGCGUGCUCCGCAUCAAAUUCGGCAAGAAGGAGGAGGACGACGACUGCGACAAGAAGGAGGAGGACGGCGACAAGAAGGCCAAGCACAGCAUCGACGGCAUCCUGGGCGACAAAGGGAACCGCCUGGACGAGGGCUCGGAUGUGGAGUCGGAGCCGGACCUGCCGCUGAAGCGGAAGCAGCGCCGCAGCCGCACCACGUUCACGGCGGAGCAGCUGGAGGAGCUGGAGAAGGCCUUCGAGAGGACCCACUACCCCGACAUCUACACCCGUGAGGAGCUGGCCCAGCGCACCAAGCUCACCGAGGCCCGCGUGCAGGUGUGGUUCAGCAACCGGCGGGCGCGCUGGCGCAAGCAGGCCGGAGCCAACCAGCUGGCAGCCUUCAACCACCUGCUGCCGGGGGGCUUCCCGCCCACGGGGAUGCCGGCGCUGCCCCCGUACCAGCUGCCCGACUCGUCCUACCCCAGCACCACCAUCUCCCAAGACGGCGGCAGCACCGUGCACCGGCCGCAGCCGCUGCCGCCCUCCACCAUGCACCAGGGCGGCCUGGCCGCCGCCGCCGACUCCGGCUCUGCCUACGGCGCCCGGCACAGCUUCUCCAGCUACUCCGAGAGCUUCAUGAACGCCGCAGCGCCCGCCAACCACAUGAACCCCGUCAGCAACGGCCUCUCCCCGCAGAAGCAGGGUGCCCAAAACAAGAUGCAGUGCUCCCGCUGGAACCUCACCAUAGCCCUGAACAAUCAGGUGAUGAGCAUCCUGAGCAACCCCAGCGGGGUCCCGCCUCAGCCCCAGGCCGAUUUCUCCAUCUCUCCCCUCCACGGCGGCCUGGACAGCACCAACUCCAUCUCGGCCAGCUGCAGCCAGCGCAGCGACUCCAUCAAGUCCGUGGAGAGCCUCCCGACCUCGCAGUCCUACUGUCCCCCCACCUACAGCACCACCAGCUACAGCGUGGACCCCGUGGCCGGAUACCAGUACGGCCAGUACGGGCAGACCGCCGUGGAUUACCUGGCCAAGAACGUCAGCCUGUCCACGCAGCGCCGCAUGAAGCUGGGCGAGCACUCGGCCGUGCUGGGGCUGCUGCCGGUGGAGACGGGCCAGGCCUACUGAGAGCCCACGCCAGGGAGCCCUGGAGAGCCAAGGCCAGGCACCUCUGGGGACCCCAGGGACCCUCCCUGCCCCGUUCCACCCCAGCUGCCGAGGAGAUGGGAAAGGGGGGAGCUCUCCCAGGAUCCAGCUCCUCCAGAACAUUCCAGAGGCAGGUCCAGCCUCUGGGCCUGACUCCUCCUGUGGCCAGAGACCACGGGCUGGGUGCAUUCAUCAACCUCAAUCCAGCCCUCCCUCCAAAGCCCCUGGCCACGACAUUCCCACACUCCAGGACUUGCCAUUACUUCCCUAGGUAGCUGGCAUAGUCAAAGCCAAAUUGAGCGCUUUGGGGUUUUUUUUCUUUGUAAAGGAAAAAGAAAAAGUUUCAUUUUGUUUCCUUUUCUUUCCGUUGCUGUAAAUUUGGUGAAUGUUGUAUAGGAAGGAAUAACCCAGCUGAGCAUUAAGGGUGAUGUAAAUCGGGACCACAGAAGACCUAUGGACCAAAAAAUAAGGACUUGUUUAAAAAACAAACAAACAAACAAACUGCAAAGACAAAUGAAAGCAGAAAAACAUUUAUUCAAUGGACAGCAAAUUUCCCCAGCCCAGCCUACCUUCCCUUCUCACCGGUGGCUCCCCAGAUCACUGCUAAGCAGGGCUGGGGAGGAAUUCCAGCCAGCCUGGGACCUUUGGAAAACGUGAAUGGCUGCAGGAGGAGUGGAGAGGACAGGCACAGGUGACACUCACUGCUCCUCUGAGGGACAAUCCAGAGCCGAGUGUCACCACCAGGACAUGGCAGCAGAACAGCAGCAGCGGGGACAGCGCUGGCCUGGCACGAGGAGGGGCUGCCAACACCCCCCGGGGACACGGGGCAGGGCUCCUGGUGGCCCUGCUGUCCCUGAGCUGGCCACGGGAGCAAGGACAAGAAGGCAGGGCCGGGAAUGUGCUGAGCAGAGCCGGGUUCUGCCACGGGAGUGGCCUGGAAGGGAACAGAGCUGGGCCUGGAGGUGCUGCCCUGCCCAGGAUGUGGAGCCAGGACAGAGGAGCUGAGGGGUUUCUGCAGCAGCCAGGAUGGGAAGGGGCUCCCUGCUGCCCCUCUCCACACUGCAGGGAUGGGAUUUGUCUCCCUGAGGCAUUUCCUGUUCUCACUGACGGGACAAAGCUUUGCUCCAUCCAUCAUCCAUCCAUCAUCCAUCCAUCCAUCAUCCAUCCAUCCAUCCAUCCAUCCAUCCAUCCAUCCAGCCCAGUCCCACAGUCCCUUCCUCUUCUGCUGGAGUCUCUCUCUCUCUCUCUCCUCCCACCUCUAAGCCAGAUCCUGUUCCUUGGAUUUCUCCCCCCACUUUUCCCCUCUCUUGCCUUUGUGUCCCCUCCUGUCCCCACUCGGACAAGCCCAGCCAGCCCCCCCAGGUCACUGCUGAGGCACCGCCCUCCCGUGGGUGACACAUUUCCCUUUUGGCUGGGGUGAUGCCCCUUGGUGAUCCCUGAGCAUUCCCAGUGGGACAGAGGCCACCCCUCACCUCCCCAUGUGGGGUCAGGAGGUUUGGCCUGGAGAUGGUCAGGAAUCCUGGCCUGGGAUGAGGCAGGAGCUGAGAUGUGAGAGGCGUGCUGGCCAUGGGCAGAGUUGUGUCCCCCACGGGCAGAGUUUUGUCCCUCACAAGCAGAGUUUGGUGUCCCCUAUGGGCAGAUUUUGAUGAACCCCAUGAGAAGUGUUUGGUGUCCCUCACAAGCAGAGUUGUGUCCCCA